ACCAUCAUCAUUCGGAAACUGAUCAUACUGUAACAAGUCCUGUUAGUACUCGUCAACUUGAUUCUUUGGAAGAAAUAUCUAGGAUUCCUUCCCAACCUAUGGAACCAUCUGGAAGUGUGCUUGCCUCUUUAAUGAAAUUGGAUGCUCAACGACGACGGCGUCAUGAAGAAUAUUUAUUCAAGAAAGAAAAGAAACAAAAAAAGAAGAAAACGGGUAAAGAAAGAAAAUAAGAAAACUAAGAAACCAAGACCUUUAUCAACAAUCUCUUUGGAUUUGACAACAUUGGAUGAAAAACUAUUAACGGCAACAACAAAAGAAAUUGAAAAACCUACACGACCCAAGAUGAAUCGACCAGUUAGUUGGUUAUCUACCAUGUCCACAAGUCAUCACGUUGUCCCUAGACUCGACAAGCAUAAGAAAUCCAACAAGGCCAUGUCAAGACGAUCUAGUUUGGAUAGCAUGGUCACCACCGCGUCACAAUUCGAACCCAUUACACUAGAGGAUCGAGUACGGAUUACAUUUGAAAUCGCCAAUAUCCUUCAAAAACAAGACUUUCUCAAGAAACUCGCCAAAAGCCUGAUGUUAUAUGGUUGCCCAGCUCAUCGUUUGGAAUAUGCCAUGCGUCAAGUCUCUACUACCUUAUGUGUCGACGCCGAAUAUAUCUACUUGCCCAAUGUGAUGUUGAUGUCUAUCUUUGAUGGUGCUACUCAUACUACCGAAACUCACUUUAUUCGCCAAAUACAAACUUUUGAUAUGGACAAGCUUAGUGAAAUUUAUCGAUUGGAGAAAUUGGUAUCGCAUGGUGAAGUCAGUGUGGAUGAAGCCUUGGAAUUCAUUGAUCAAGUCUCAUCUAAACCUCCGUUGUAUCCUGUUUGGUUGAAUCCUUGGGUAUAUGCUAUAUGCUCAUUCUCAGGUUGUGUCAUGUUCUUUGGUGGUCGAUGGCAAGAAGGUGGUGUAGCUGCUGCUCUUGCAAUGGUAUUUGCUGGUUAUGAGGUGAUAUCAGGUAGAAUUCAAAGUUUCCAACCCAUUUGGGAAAUCACAGUAUGUAUCAUCAUUGGUCUUGUAUCUCAAGGAUUGAUCAGAUAUGAUUUCUGUUUUACUCCGGUGGCAUUCUCAGCUUUUAUAGUGGUACUUCCAGGCUACGGUAUGGCGAUUGCAAUUCAAGAAUUAGUAUCAAGACAAUUAGUCAGUGGUGUAGUACGUAUGGUGUAUGCUAUCAUCUAUUCAUUCUUACUAGGUUACGGUGUAUCCAUGGGAAGUGAACUCUAUCAAACCAUUGAUAAUACUGAUUAUCCUGUUGCACAACAUUGUGUGGAUGCCACCAAUUCAGCCAUGCCUAUGGCCUCACAAUCACAAUGGUUCAACUUUCUCACUGUGCCUCUGUUUGCCUUUGGUUAUUGUAUGUAUGUGCGUGCCAAACCGCAUCGUUGGCCUACCAUGACCUUUGUCGCUGCUUGUGGUUUCAUUGUCAAUUAUAGUUUGAAUCGAUGGGCUCAUGCUCCUUCUCAAGUUUUACAAGUGGCUCCUUCUUUUGUUUUGGGGAUGCUUGGUCAUCUAUUGACAAAAAUCACGGGAAAAAUGUCUUUUGAUGCUGUCUUAUUAGGGAUUUUUUAUUUAGUACCAAGUAGUUUAGGUGUUAAGGCUGCUUUGGGAUUAUUUGGAAAUUCAACAAGUGAAAUUGGAACACAAGGUGCUAGUCUAGCUCUCUCCAUGAUUGAAUCAUCUAUUGGAAUCACAGUGGGAUUAUUUUUGGCCACUUUGAUUGUUUAUCCUAGAGGUACUCAACAUACUCCUCUGAUGACUUUUUAGAUAUAGUGUUUUUUAUUUAUUUAUGUUUAUACCUUGCUCAUGAUUGAUGAUAUAUCCCCCCCUCUCAUUCCCUUUUUUUUUAUUCUUUUUUCUCUUCAUUACUAUAUUCGUCUUUA